GUGAGGAAAAAUAAAAGCUCAUCAUCGUUUUGUUGUGUGUUAGAACUACCUGUGUAAAGUCACAUCAAAUCCUAAACUAAAUUGCUUUUCUUCUCGGUUUGGUUGUCGUUUUUUGUGUAAAUUAAAAUCAAGAAGAUUCUUAUGACUAAGCAAGAUAUGGCAGAGAACGGUGGUGCAGCUGCAAAUCAAAAAGCCAUUGAUGAUUGGCUUCCCAUUACUUCUUCAAGAAAUGCCAAAUGGUGGUAUUCUGCUUUUCAUAAUGUCACUGCCAUGGUCGGUGCCGGCGUUCUUAGCCUUCCUUAUGCCAUGUCCGAGCUUGGAUGGGGACCUGGUUCGGUGAUAAUGAUUCUAUCAUGGAUCAUUACGUUGUACACACUAUGGCAAAUGGUGGAGAUGCACGAAAUGGUGCCUGGAAAGAGGUUUGAUAGGUACCAUGAGCUAGGGCAACACGCCUUCGGCGAGAAGCUCGGCCUUUGGAUCGUGGUUCCUCAACAACUAACCGUGGAAAUUGGUGUCAACAUUGUGUAUAUGGUCACAGGUGGCAAGUCGUUAAAGAAGUUCCACGAGACGGUGUGCCCCAACUGCUCUCAAAUCAAAACCUCUUACUUCAUUGUCAUUUUCGCUUCCAUCCAUUUCGUCCUGUCUCACCUCCCCAACUUCAAUUCCAUCUCCGGCGUCUCUCUCGCGGCGGCCGUCAUGUCUCUCAGCUACUCCACCAUUGCUUGGGUUGCUUCCUUGGAGAAAGGGGUGCAGCCAAAUGUGGACUAUAGCUACAAGGCAACUAGCACAUCAGAUGGUAUUUUCCACUUCUUGAGUGGAUUGGGAGAAGUGGCAUUUGCUUUUGCUGGUCAUAAUGUUGUUUUAGAGAUCCAAGCUACCAUUCCUUCCACUCCUGAAAAGCCUUCCAAAGGCCCUAUGUGGAAAGGUGUCGUUUUGGCUUACUUGGUUGUGGCUUUAUGUUACUUCCCUGUUGCAAUGAUUGGCUAUUGGGUCUUUGGUAACACGGUUGAAGACAACAUCCUAAUUUCUCUCGAGAAACCUGCUUGGCUCAUUGCUACUGCCAACAUGUUCGUCGUCAUCCAUGUCAUUGGCAGCUACCAGAUCUAUGCUAUGCCCGUGUUUGACAUGAUCGAGACUGUAUUGGUGAAAAGGUUGAACUUCACUCCUUGUUUCCGACUUCGAUUUAUCACUCGAACUUUAUAUGUCGCCUUUACAAUGCUUGUGGGAAUAGCUGUGCCUUUCUUCGGUGGCCUUCUUGGGUUCUUUGGAGGCCUUGCUUUUGCUCCCACUACUUACUUCCUACCUUGCACCAUGUGGUUGGCCAUUUACAAGCCCAAAAGAUUCGGCUUAUCUUGGAUCGCAAAUUGGAUAUGCAUUGUGUUUGGGGUUCUGCUGAUGGUACUGUCGCCAAUCGGAGGGCUGAGAACGCUCAUCCUUUCAGCCAAUAAUUACAAAUUCUUCUCAUAAGACAAACUGCAAGAAGUUGCAAUAUUUAUCAAAUUGCAACAUAUUUAUAUCACAGAAAUUCCGUAGCCAAAUUAAAUAAUGUGCUAUUUUUUUUAGCCCAACAACUCUAUUUUUAUUUAAUUUGAUUUACUUUUAUAAGGUGCCAAGAAAAGUAAGGACACUAGAAGGGGAAAAAAAAAUUGUAUUUUCUACCUGCACUUAUUGGAAGCUUUUUAUUUCAGUAGGUUGGAAAAUACUAUUAGGGUUAUAUUAUG